AUGGCUCCAAAAAGACCACUGGGCUUUGGAAAGAGCUCCAAGGCGAAGAAGAGCAAGACAGAACCAGACCCUGAAGAGGCUCCAGUGACGAACGAGCUGACUGUGGAGCUUCCGCAAGAAGUCGACGCCAACGAUCCUCUGCACCAGCUCGAAGGAUUAUGGCUCACGUGGUUAAUGUCUGAUAGGGAUAGCGAGUUGAUCCUGAACGGUAUAGUUCACGAGUGCGACCGUCUACUGAGAAACUGUAAACAGAAUGGUGGGGCCGAGGACAUUGAGCUUACGCCCUCGUUCUACGCCAUUUACGGCAGGUCUCUAGCUGGUCUGGCCCAGUUCAACACAGAAGACAGCGAAACAAGCGUCGCCGAGUACUUUGAAAAUGCCCUUGAGCGGAUUGAGAACGGUAUGGACAAGUUCCCCGGCGAAGAAGUGCUUUUGUUUGCUAAAGCGCAGAUCAUUAUGGAUAGAAUUCCCUUGGAGUACAUUUCGCAGAUGGACCUGGAAUCUUCGAAGAAGAAGUUCCCAAAUAUAGUCGAGAUGCUGGACGAAGCCACGAGACUGCUUGAGCUGGGGACGAAGACGGCGGAGUCCAAAGAAAAUUACGCCAUUUUCAACGGCAGCACAGUGCUAGAUAUAUUAGACUCGCUUGACGACUUGCUGGACAUUGUGGACAAUUUUGGCCGCAGCUACGACGAAGGUCUGGAUAGUGACGCAGAGGGGGCGGAGGAGGAAGAGAUUUUGCCGGACACCCAGUUAUCCUCGACGCAUCCGUUGUACGAAAUCAAGAACACGGACAAAUACAACGUUUUUUGGCGUCAGGCCAUGCAGAAAAGCCUGAGCAUUCUGGACAAGAACGAGAAGCCUGACACGGCCAUCAGACGCAAACUGGCGAGAAAGCUAGGACAAUCGUACCUCAUGGAAGCCGAGGAGCCAAUAUCCAUCUUCACGACGCUGGAAUACGACUCCGAUGCCGAGGAGCAGGAAAUCAACGGAGUCUCUGCAGCUGACGCCAAGCAGUCGGCCCAGAAGCUCGUCCGCACGGCUAUAGAGUAUCUGGAAGGGGCAUGGGACGAGGAAGACCCGCAGACCUGGGUGGAUCUUGCCGAGGCAGAGAUCUCAAUGGGUAACCUGUUCGAGGUUGGCGGAAGCGAGCAGGAGGAGUGGUACGCGCGCGGGGAGAACAAGCUUGUGCGGGCCAACAACGCCACGCAUGGGAAGUAUGAGGAGGUGCUGGAGAACCUGAGAGCUAAAUAA